ACGAGCAGGCCGUUCCUGCUGUACACCGCGCAGACGCCGAACGGGCGCAAAGUCUCCAAAUUGUUGGAGGAGCUCAAGGCCGUAUAUGGCAUAGAGUACGACGUGUACAAGAUCGACAUCUCUCAGGACAUGCAGAAGGAGCCCUGGUUCAUCGAGCUGAACCCGAACGGGCGCAUACCCGUGCUCGUCGAUCGGAAGCGUGGGGGCUUCGUCGUGUUCGAGACCGCGGCGAUCUUGCUGUAUCUUGAGCAGCACUAUGAUACGCAGCUCGAGUUUUCGUUCGACCCUGUGACGAGCCCGAAUGAUUAUAGCGAGAUGCUGCAGUGGAUGUUCUUCGCGCAUGGCGGUAUUGGGCCUAUGCAAGGGCAAGCGAAUCACUUUCUGCGAUCCGCUCCUAUAGACAUCCCGUACGCCAAGAAGCGAUACCUCGACGAGACAAAACGCCUGUACGGGGUGCUGAACAUCCGUCUGGCCAAUCGCGACUGGCUAGCAGGACCAGAGCGUGGCAAAUACAGCAUCGCGGAUAUGAACGCAUUCCCUCGGGUGAAAAACUACGGGUACUGCGGGAUUGAGACCCUUGACGAGUGGCCACGCGCGUGGAUCGAGCGAACCGCAGAACGGCCUGCAGUUAGAACGGGAAUGGCAGUCCCAUCAUCCUUGCUUCUUAUUUCACAUCGUGGGUAA